GUCUGCCCACAAAACAUUUAUCAUAAAGCGAAAGCUUGCCAAGAAAUUAAAGCAAAAUAGACCUAUUCCCCAAUGGGUUCGUAUGAGAACAGGAAACACAAUCAGGUACAAUGCCAAGAGGCGUCAUUGGCGUAGAACCAAGCUAAAAUUGUAA